GUUAACUCUCACAAACGCCACACCUCCGUUGCUAUCCUAUUGGUUGUUCGUUAAACACCGCCCCUCUCUAGUUUUGGCUUCCACAGAGCUUGGGGACAGAGCGCCAGUAGAUCGCAUGGCUACCCGGGAGGGAGCAUCACGCCUCAGGGAGGGAGCGCAGAGUCUCAGCGGCCGGAGUGCAUGACUAUCGAGAAAUUCAAUGCAGAAUGGACUGGGCCAGACAAAACCUCAAUAACUGCCACGUGAAUCCAGAGAACCAACAGUAUUUGGUACCGGCCACCUCGUCCGCAGGACAUUCUAUGCCAAAUCAAGGCGCGUGCCAAACUCAGACCACGCUCAGCCACGGGCCGAGGGGUGGGGAUCAGGUGUUGAGCAAAGAGCGGAUUAUUCAGAACUUGCUGAAAGCGUCGAGUUCGGAAGAAAUCCUAAAAAUCCAGCAGGCGGCUUUGGCGAAGGCCCCUUUCCAUCAGUCGCGGCUACUGACAAAAUCCCAAGGCUCUUCAGUGCCGUAUAACUCGGCGUACAAUGUUUCUGCUUCGACCCCGAACUACAGAGGAAAUCCUAGUUCAGCGCACUUUAAAGCGGCCAACUACAGAGCCCAAAACAUUGCCAAUUCACUUCAGCAAGCAGUUCAGCAAGCAGCACGUCUGCCCCAAGCAGUUCAGCAAGCAGCACGUCUGCCCCAAGCAGUUCAGCAAGCAGCACGUCUGCCCCAAGCAGUUCAGCAAGCAGCACGUCUGCCCCAAGCAGUUCAGCAAGCAGCACAUCCGCCCCAAGCAGUUCAGCAAGCAGCACAUCCGCCCCAAGCACCACGUCUGCCCCAAGCAGUUCAUCAACCACCACGUCCACCCCAAACAGUUCAGCAAGCAGCACAUCUGCCCCAAGCAGUUCGGCAAGCAGCACAUCCGCCCCAAGCAGUUCAGCAAACACCACGUCCGUCCCAAUCAGUUCAGCAAGCAGCACAUCUGCCCCAAACAGUUCAGCAAGCAGCACAUCAGCCCCAAGCAGUUCGGCAAGCAGCACAUCCGCCCCAGGCUGUACCACCCCAAGCUUAUGAUAACAAUCGGCCAAAUAAAUCCUACAGUGGCAAUGGGCCCUACAUGUAUGCUCAGCCGGGGGCCCAGCAGCUGGCACCAAACUUCGAGGCGUACGCUAAUGCACAAAAUGUUCGGCCCGUUCAGGCCCUCCAACAACCAAACUGGCAAGCUGUUUCCCAGAUCGCGUACGACUUGAAAAAUUCAUCCCUGCAGCAUCUCCGAUGGAACAAUCCGGCCCACUCCAACCUCGCAACCAAAAACCCAAGUGACUGUAUUCCUGGGCAGCAAAUGGUCUUCAGGCAAAAUAUCCAAAAUGGCCCCCAAGCAGAAAGUAGUUUGACCGAAAGCCCUUUAGAAAGUCUCCAAGCAAGUUUGCAAGUUCCGCCACCUUAUACUAAUCCCGCGAGCAAUGUGCAAAGUGACCAGCCGUACCCGAACCAAAGUGGCAACUACCAGUCAUCAAAUUACCAGACGUCUGUCCCCAAUUCAGCUGAGCAGAGCACCGGCGUGCCGCAGUGCCAAGGCGGUGAGCCCAAUGCCUACAUGGACCCCAAUGGGGAUUUAAAAGAGGCUCUUGCGGAUUUUUUCACGGCAAAGCUUAAAUUAUAUCAAAUUGCAAGAGAAGCUAAACGCCAACACGUGCAGUUACGUUCUGCUUAUGCCCAGGGAAGGGCCGACGUCCACAGUAAACCUGCAGACACAGAUGCAGUGGGAUCUCCGAUGGCUUCUAGCAAUGCAGUGGCACCACCACUAGUCAACAGUGGUCCAAUAACUCAGCAAAUGGCACUGCAGGCAGCAUCUGUUCCAGUUGGUAGUAACGCAUCAUUGUAUGUCCGGAGGCAAGAUGGAAAUAGAGUUAACAUGCCAACAGCCCCACAAACUGGUAAUCCCAUGGCUAAUAGUGUUCCACAAGGCUUUAAUGCCCCAGCUAACAAUGUUCCUCAGCAAGGCGUCAAUGCCUUGGCUAACAGCCUCUCACAAGGUGUCGGUGGCCUACCCAUCAAUGUUCCUCAGGCUAACAGUGUCUCACAAGGUGUCGGUGGCCUACCUAUCAAUGUUCCUCAGGCUAACAGUGUCUCACAAGGUGUCAACGCCAUGGCUAUCAAUGAUCCUCAGCAAGGCUUCAAUGCCUUGCCUAACAGUGUCUCCCAAAGCUUUAAUGCCAUGUCUAACAAUCUCCCACAAAGUGUUAAUUCCUUGACCAACAUGCCAAGUUCCAACCACCAAGUUUAUCAAGGGAGAACCGGGCCUGCAAACAUCUACUCAGUAUUUAAUGGAGAUCAGAUGAAUUCUUUGCACGGUCAUUAUGUGACCAGCCAGGCCCAAAGUUCUGACAUUAAGCAGGACCCAAACAGGUCCUUGAGAACCUCACUGACUCAACAAAGAGCUGCUGUCAGGGAAAAUUUUGUUGAUCAUCUUGGUUUUAAUGGCACCCCCAAUAUGCUAGCAUUGUUACAGAAAGGACGUUCCUCAGGAUCUCCGCAGCGUACCGAGUCCAACCAGCCCCAUGUAAACGUGGCAGGGUGUUCAGUAGCUCAGGAAAGCUCCCUUUCUAGACCUGAAUCUGGCAAUACGUUAUCCCCUGCCUAUAAUACAAAUGCCACCAAUAUUGUAGGUGGAUCACUAGAAGCCAUAGAAACGUGCUUAUCGCUGUGGAAAACCACAUUACCGAACAUAUCUUCACAAGAAACGGCGAGGCCAGAUCAGAAGUUAUCUCCUUCAAAAGCCGACAGUGGUGCUACCUCUAAUGAAGUUUGCUCUGCUCCUGUUGUAAGGGAAGGUGGAGCUAUGGAGGCUUCAGUCCAGAAGCAAGACACCUUGCCUGCUAACGUGGUAAAAGGGGCCGAACCUCAGAUCGCCAUUGUUUCUCCAUUAGUUCAGGAGAAGUUGAGCAGAUCUAUGGAUCAGCAGCCCCCCAAAGACUAUGAACAGUGUCCUGUAGUCGAGGAGGGUCACAGCUUAGCAGUCAACGCCAAGGAAAAGGUCAUGUCUUAUUUUACGAGUAUGGAAAACCUUUCCGCGAUCAACAACAACGAAUUUCUAGACAAAAUUAAAGCCAUAAAUGACUUUAAGUUUGUAAAGCCUGGAAUUCCGGAUAUGGAGACCCCAGAGACUAAGAACAUAUCCCUUCCAACACCCUGUGGUUUGGAGGACUUGUCCGUCCCAGGGCAGAAUAGCAAUCCUGAUGCUGAACCUACAAUAGAGAUCCUUAAUGAAGAGGCCACCCAUGACGAUAGCGAUGGGGACUUGCAAAUAAUAAGUGUCUGCUCUCUUGCCGAGGGAAACACGUUCUAUGAUUCGUCGAUUGCCCACAUUUUUGAUGGUUCUUCGCCGUCAGAAGGAAGGUUUGCGUUGGCAGAAGUUAAGGAAGAGCCGACUGAGGAGGAGAUUAGUUCUAGAUCCGUCUUGACUGAAUCGUUGGCAGACUCGGAAAUGGAAGCAAAUCCAGGAACCAAAGCCGAGGUCCCGUCGGGAAGAGCUGAUUGUUUGCAGCCAUUGACCAACCCAGCUGACCGUAUUGCUGCUGUCUCGUCAGAUGGAACCCCAUUUGCAGAAUUCCAGUCUGGUGGUUCUGACCAGUUGUCCGAGUUAUUAACUGAAUUCCCUUUUGGCAUUAAAAAUUAUGUUAGGCCUGGGGAUAAGGAUGCUGCUAACGUUGCUGCCAAGAGUGUAACCAAAGCAGAGCCGACUGCUUUCCAGAAUGUUCCUCAGCCUAUGAGCCUAGUGGCUGUAACAGAGACUGUAUCUGUGCACCACAGUCUGGCAGACAGUGCAGUUGACGGCAUGUCCUUGCCGGCUGGUUCAACAAGCUCUGUAACCGAGGCAAAGUCCUUGGACUUCUGUCAAGGGAAGACUUUUGAAGAAAUAAUGUCCACUACUAUCAGACAAUUGACUGUAACUGGGGAGGUGACUACACUCUUCGGCGAAGUGGAGACUGUGACUGCUACCAUUAACCAAGUAAUGACUGUAGAGGAGAAUGCGUCCAUCCUGGUCGACCAGAGUAAAAACGUAGAGGAGACUUUAUCCGUUCCCAUCAGCCAGGCAAACGCUGUAGCAGAAAGUGUGGCUGUUCCUGUCGACCAAGAAAUGACUGAGGAGAUGGUGCCUUCUCCUAAUGGUCAGUCACUGAUUACAGUCUAUAGGGUGCCUCCCGAGCAAGAACGUACUUUAGCGGCGUGCUCAACUGCCGAAGAAAUGCCUGAACUUUUAAUUCAAAAUAAAGUAGAUGAUGAGACGGUGCCUCCUACGGAUGCAGAUGUUUCUGAAAACACAAAUAUGCCUGUCCUAGAGUGUGAAGUUCCUCCACCGCUCCUUAUAAAGACAGAACCACCAGAGGCUUGUGAAGAAACCGAUAAAAGCGCGACUAAAGAAUCCGAGGAACCCAAGCCAAAAGAUGAAAAAUCCGAGAGCGUCCUAGGAAUAGAUUCCAAACAAGCACUGGAUCGGACCAUGUUUUGCUGCUUGUUUAGUUGGCUCAAUCAUUCUUUUGGAAAUGCUCCAAUGAAAUGUGUUUGUAAGGUACCCGAUGACCAAAAAGUUGUGCCGCCAAUGCCGGAUUCCAGCCAAGGCCUUAGUUCUACCAUUCCUAUUAUCAAAGAGAAUCCUUCAGAGAGCUACGCUAAAUCCAAAGCCGACUUGAAAAUGAGACUGUCGACGGAGGUCCAACAACACAAGCGGGAAAACAAGUCCCCGGAACCUGAAUCUUCUGACUUGAAAAGUAGGGAUGGGAGCCCCAAAAACGACCUUUCUCCAAAGUCUCCGAACCCGGAGAAGAAACAGAGCGAGCAGAACCCGGAGAAGAAACAGAGCAAGCAGAACCCAGAGAAGAAACAGAGCGAGCAGAACCCGGAGAAGAAACAGAGCAAGCAGAACGAAACAAAAUCGCUGAGUUCCUCCAAAAGAGCAGAUAAACUCAUAGUUAAAACUGACUUUUUGAAAAGCCGUCCAUCCCAAAAAGAGAGAGACCGAAGCCACAGAGAUUCCGGAAGCUCACGGUCAGUCGAUAGUCCAUCGAGCUCCGACUGUAAGACAAAGUAUAGAACCUCAAAAGAUCUUAAUGCCGCCCAUUAUGGUGCAGAUAAAGCAUCUCCAUCUGGCGAGACUCGUCAAGACAAGUCUCUAAAAAGGCCUAGGUCGUCUCUUGAUGGAAAACAGUCUAGCCAGAUGUCUUCUGGACCUGAGAAGAAGAGAAAGGAUUCCUCCUCCGGUCUUAAAGAACAAAAUGAUAAACAAAGCACCCAGAAAGAUAGAAAAGUUCUUACCUUACAAGAAUAUUUCCAAAGAAAAAGGGCAAAAGACACUCCCAGCAAACGCCCAGAGCAUCAACCCCCACGAGCAGUCGAAUGUCCCAGAACGGAGAAGAGCCAGUCUCUUUCAGAGAAGCACAAGGCAGGGUUAAGCGGCAGUCGUAGCAGUAGUUCGAAGAACCGGUCUCCGGCAAAGUUCAGGAGUCCAUCUAAAGGUCUCAAAGAGAAGUCUGGGAGUCAUCACCGGAAAAGCAAAACCAAAUCCAGCACCCAACGUGAGGAACUCUCCAAACAAAGAGACGCUCUAAAGAGACAUCUUAAAACUCGAAGUUUGGAAAAAAAUAACCCUGGGAAGACCUAUCAGUCGAUCAAAGAAAAAAUAUACUUGACCCCGUGUGCCGAGGCCGGGGCGGAACCUCCGUCCCGGGAAGGAAUCCGCUUGACCAAGUUAGAGGUCCGACCUUCGCCGGAACCGCAUAAAAGGAGACGGUUGUCGGCACCGAUUGCCCAGGGAAGCAUUUCGCAUCGCUUGAAGAAGGGCGUCGAAAGUCCAAAAAUGCUGGAGUUCAAACUGUGUCCCGACCUUCUUCAGGGGGUUUCAGCCUCGCAGGAACGACCGGGAGAGUCCAAGACUGUGAAAGAAAAAUACACAGUGGAAGGUAUCAAAAGCAAUAAGGAGGCGUGGUAUAAAGAUAUUCCAUUCAAGAAGCGCAGGUUGGAGAGUGCGGAGUACGAAGGUAACCCCCAGCCAGACUCCUCCACCGAUAAAGAAACCGCCCGACAGCCUCAAGAUUCUAAGACUACCUUCGAUGCCUAUAAGAAGAUGUAUCUGGAGAAGCGAAGCAAGAGCCUUGACAGCAGCCUGGCCAACUGAGCCUCCCCUGUAUAUGUCUAUACGGCGCUGCUGGACUAUUGGUACGACCCAUCCGGUUAAGGUCAAUGGAGGAAGCCAUUUUGUGGCCUCCGUAAAUGCAGUAUUAUUAUACAGCUUGAACAUGGAGCCCGUGGUUCUUAUAAUAAUAAUAGCAGUUAUUUUGUAACCCCCGCCCCCCCCCUCAGCUGCCCUAUGGGGACUUUUACAGAAAUGAAAGUGCCAAUGUACAUUUCAAACAGCUGGUUCCCCCCCCCCCCAACCUCCGGUUUCUGCACUGGUUCAAGUAUUCGAAACUGGGUGGUUGUGUUUCCUGUACAAACGGUCGUUGUUUUAACCAAACCAAGCACUGGUGCUACUUACUCUGUUACUUAAUGCUGCUACAAGUGGGGGAGUUUCACCCCAAAUCCUCCUGCCCCCCACCCACCCAAAGAAAACCCCAUUGCAAUAAUACAGUGUAAGCACCAAUUGGAUGUUGGGUUUGUUCCCCCCCAGUUGCUCGACUGAAUGUUUGCACUAGAUGUUGUUGGGGGGGGGGGGGGAUCUUUUGUUACAUAUUGUCAUUGAUUAUAUAUAUAUAAAUAUAUAUUUUUUUUUAUUUCUCGGAAGUUGAAUAAACGUUUUCGUUUCUUCUUUUUGUAAAAGAUUUUUGGAUUUUUGUCAAAACGCGGUUUGUAAAGUUUCAAAUUGAAAUGUUUUUUGUUUCUCUUUAUGCCCUGACCGGCCUCAAUGUAGAGCUGCUGUUUUUGUUUUUUCUAUACCCCCGCCCCCUGACUAUUAUUGGGCAAUAAAUUCUUUCAUAUAUGAGAUGUUUAUAAGGAUCCUGUACAGCGAAUCUCUAUUGGCCGACCCAGCGGAGGGACGGUUUUGGCCGCAGCCAAUGAACCUGCCGUUGUGCCGCGGCCGCUUGUGCCUAAGUAACCGCGGGUCGUGCCGGCUCGUUACUGUAACGCGUUGUAGCAGCUUUAAAGGGACACUGUUUUUCAGAAUAAAAGGUGUUUAUUGCAUUAAAA